UGUCCGUAGUUGCUGUUUAUCUGUGUUAGGUUUAAUGACAGGGCGGUACGUUUAUUUUGCUUCUGGUCUGAUUCCAGAGAGAUGCCUUCGAUUCAGUUUCUCACAAGGCUGUCUUUGCCUCGUUUGGCCUACCAUAAAAUUUCUGGGCGGAAUCCCGGGGUUGUGUUCCUGUCAGGAUUCAAGUCCGACAUGAAUGCAGUGAAGGCACUGGCCAUGGAGGAGUUCUGCCGUUCAGCAGGGUACUCCUUUGUCAGGUUUGAUUAUACCGGCUGUGGCAGUUCCGAAGGUGAUUCUGAGGACUGCAGUUUGGGAGAUUGGAAGAAUGACGUGCUGACAGUCUUGGACACUCUCACCACAGGACCACAGGUUCUUGUUGGCUCCAGCAUGGGUGGUUGGCUUAUGUUAUUGGCUGCCCUUGCAAAGCCAGAGAAAGUGGCCGGGUUGGUUGGUAUAGCAACAGCUGCUGAUCAUUUUGUAACUGUUUUCAACCAGCUCCCCUCUGAGGCUAGAGCAGAUAUUGAGAGGACAGGCAAAUACAAUAUGCUAUCCAAGUACAGUGCCAGUGGCUUCUACACCAUAAAAUAUAACUUUAUAAAGGAAUCAGAGGAGCACUGUCUGCUACAAAGCAGCAUCAACAUCUUAUGCCCAGUGCGGCUCUUGCAUGGCAUGAAGGAUGACGCGGUCCCCUGGCAUGUUUCCAUCAAAGUGGCAGAACAACUUGUCAGCAAUGAUGUGGACAUCAUCCUCCGAAAGAAUGCAGAGCACAGGUUUUCAGAGGAUGAGGAUAUCAAGCUUCUGACUACUGUCGUUAGUGAGCUGCUGCAAAAGUUAACCGAGGAAGAUCGAAAAUAAAAAAAACAUAGUUGUGUUGGAAUUCAUUGUCAGUUAAUGUUAACCAAAAAGAUUAAGGAGGGGCUUCACCUGUGUUUUUGUGUUGUGCUGUCGUAACUCAAGGGCGAAUGUUAGAGAACUGCAGCUGUUGAAUUAGAAUAUUCUUUAUAUUUGAGGAAAUGUGAUCAGACAUAAUCUCCACAGCAAAUAAAAGCUUUGUAUAACUGCCAAAGACUUUACAA